ACUGUUGGCCUAGGAAACAUGGCGUCUCAGCUGUGGUAUUUCGGAAAUCUAUCCGGUCACUAAUAAACAGAGGUUGGACCAUUAACGGAGCCAUUUUUCCUGCUUUCUUGUCGUAUUGUGGUUAUGCUCAGACUUUGUGUUCAGCAGGAGAAGGCAGUCAUUUAUGAAACUUCGCUUUAAAUAUUACGGUUUACAGCGUGUCACAUCCACUCUGCACUGUGAAGACGGUACAGUACGGUUGAUAGCUAGCCUCGGCUAGAUAAAGAACCUGUCCCACACAGUGCAAUCAGCUGGCCGACCUAUGUUAGCCAGCUAGCCACUGUAGUAAAGCAGUACGAGUGGCAUUAGUUAGCUAACGUAGCUGGCUCGGACUACGUUUGAGUUUGUCAUCUGACUGACAGCAUGUCUGUCGGGUAGUGUUAUUGUCAUUUCGGAUAUUGAAUUUGUUUUGAUGUUCGACCUCUCUGGCAUUUUUCUCGGGGGAGAGAGAGAUGGGCUCCGGAGCCGUGGAUUCGUCCCAGUGGCUGUCAGUGAAGGAAGAGACUAUUUUCCUUCACGAUGGACUGAUUCGGGUCACGGAUCUGGCUGAACUUCCCAGUGAAAUCGGGGUGUCUGAGCAGGGCGACACUGAGCAGGAGAUCCUCACAUUCGAGACAAAGAACCCUGCGGAGCUAGCCGAGCGUCUCCGUGCAGUCUGUGGUAACCAAAGCAAUGCGUAUGCCCGCCUGUUGGAAUACCGUCUGAAUGCUCUACGGGGCCUGUGGGGGGCUCAGCGUCAGUUGGCCCUGGAGGAGCAGCAGGACCGGGAGGGGGCUGGAGGGGGUGAUGAGGAGGCCAUGGCCCUGCUAAAACGACAAGGCCUGCUGCAGCAGCCUGAACAGGCUCCUUUCACCUCCCGCAUGGGGCUGCUACUGGUCUUCCCUCUCCUGCAGUCCCAGACACGCAGUGACCCGGCGCUCUGUGGGGUCACGGCGGAGGUACUGCUGUCUUGCCUGCGUGACUGCCAGCCCCUCAGCCUCAGCAAGGAGCCUGCCGACUGCCUCAAUGGCCUAGAAGGGCUGCUCUGCUCCUGGCUGGAGGAAGGGGUCCAGCAGACAGCACAGACCCAGCAGGGCCAGGGGCAGCAGGGCCAGGCUCCUACAUACGUGCUCCACGCACACAGGCAGAGGGAGAAUGCUGCCGCUGCCCUGGUAGCUCUCGCCUGUGCCAGAGGGUCCCUGAAGACCUUCAUCCACACAGUUCACCUGCUGCAGAAACAGACAGACCUGGGCCAGCUCCCUGUGGCUGAUGUGCUCUACAGACUCCUGGUGCUGGAGGGGGGGCCAGGCUCCCCAUCCUGUCUGCUGGGGGGAAAGCACAGGGUCUCCUGGGGCUUUGAAGACAUGCUGCCUACACCUGACAGCAGCGCUGGAGGGGCAGAGAGCAAAGACACAGACCUAGGGCGCUGCCUGGCCACAGAUGGGUUCUAUCUCUACACCACUAACUCCUUUGGGAGAGGGAUCAGCAAGCUGGGCUCCGGUUUGCACGGGACACUGAGGGGGUUUGUGUACUGUCGGAAUGAGGACUUGGAGCCCGGCUGGGUGGUGUUCAGCAGCGGCCGCCUUCUUCACCGCCCCGCCUCCUUUGAUGCCAAGCCUCAUCAGCUGUGCCAGGUCAUCGACCCCUUCACCCUGCAGGUGUGCCAGGUCAUUCCCAUGCCAGCCCACCACUUCCCUGUUGGCAGCAGCAUGUCCACGCUGCACCUGUGCUCAGAUGGAACCUACCUGUACUGGGUGUGGUCUCCUGCCAGCCUGAACGAGAAGACCCAGAAAGGCCACUCGGUCUUCAUGGAUGUCUUUCAGCUAUUGACAGAGACAGGAUUGUGUGUGGCAGACGUCCUGCAGGAGAGGGUGAUCCUGAUACGGAAGGAGGGCGAGUCGUCCAAGUGUCUGAACGAGCUGCUGUUGAGCCGCAUGUCACGCUUUCGCGCCUCCCACUCCGCAACGCUGGCCGCUCUCACCGGCUCUGCCAUCACCAACACUGUCAAGGAAGAGCAGUCCGCAGUAAACACCAGCUGUGGCCUCCCUCUAAAGACUCUGAGGAAGACUCCCAUGUAUGUGUGUGGGACGUCCCUGGUGAUGCUGGCAUCUCCGCCCGGUGUGUCUGGCAGCUCUGCCACACGCUCCCUGUUUGGAGGGACCAGCGGCUUGUCCUCCCUGAAGAUCCUCUCCUCCAGUCUGGCAUUCAACCUAGUUGAUGGUCAGUUCAGUAGCCGGGCAGAUCUCAUUGACGCACCUGGCAGUUCUCUAGGCAGGGGGGCCCAGGUGGCAGGGCUGGGAGCCUGCUAUGAUGCCCUCAACAACUUAAUCUGGAGCUGCUCCAGUGACUACAUGGACCAGUGGUCUAACCCUGGCAACCAGGCCUUCCAUCACGUGUGCCAUAGGCUUGGCGUCAGUCAUGUCAUCAAGGAACCCAAAGAGGAGACCGUGGCCACCGGAGAGGUGAUCAACCAGCUGCUUCACCAUGUGGGCGCCAUGUGCAUCCACCAGCUCAACCUUCUGGCAGCCAGCAGCAGCAGCUUUCCCCUGGGCGCCCUCCUGGGCAAGCAGCACCCCAUCGAUGCUCGCCACUUCAGCAGCAUCUGUGACAUCAUGGAGAAAGCCAUGGUCAACAGGGACACCUGCAUCAUCCGCUGCAUCCUGGUGGUGUUCCAGGUGGUGUUCAGGUUCUUCAACCCUCAGUCGGAGCAGAACAGGGAGAGCGUGCGGCGUUCCGGUCUGCUCCUGUGGCAGCUGCUCAUGGCUCCUGUGGAUCAGAUUGGAGCGGAGAUCCAGGGAGAAGUGUGCCUGGCUAUCAGCUCGGGUUUGAAUACUUUGUAUCAGGGGGAGUCUGAACUCAGCAGCCUGCUGAGGCUGGUCCUGACAGAAGGGGAGAGGAACAGUGGUCUGUCUCAGCUCCGUGAUGUCAUCCUCACUAACCUGGCUGACCAGCUGCAGAAAAAUAGAUUUGGGAGCGACGAAGAUGAUCACUACAGACUAAGUGAUGAACUCCUGCACUGCAUCCUGAAGACCGUUGUCCGUGAAUCCUGCCUUCUUAUCACUAAAUGUCAGACUGUCGCAAGGGAUGACUUCCAGAAGCUGCUCUCCACUGUGCCAGUGGCCUCAUCAAGCCUGCGCUAUCUCAUGGCCGUUCAGAACCACCUGCUUAGCAACACCGUUCUGAUACGCCCCGAUGACAACGACGACAGUGACAGCUCCCUACAAGGGGAAACAAUGAAGGUACAGGAGUUGCAGACAAGCAUCCUGUCGCUGGCCACCAAGAUCCUGAUGGGAUGUGACGAGGUGCUGGAAACCCUGCAGCAGGUGACCGCCGCUCUCAUCAACAGUGACAUCACUGACCGAGAGACCAGGCUGAAGGGCCUGGAGCAGAUGACCAAGGCUACCAUGCUGGGCCACCUGCUGCCAGUGCUGCUCACCUCUCUGAUGCACCCCAACCUGCAGACACUCAAUCUGGCUGACGCUCUCAUGCCCCAGCUAGUGCAGCUAGUCCUCUACACCAGCCAGACUGCUCUGCUGUUGAAGACCCAGUCUCCUCUCUUCACUGACAGCAUUCCACUGGUAGGAGGGCCGCUGGGCCAAAAGACGCCUGCUGCUGAUGAUGACCACUUUAGAAUCCUAGAUGAGCGGGAGGAGCCAGGCUUCCUGACAGGCCUGAAGAUCCCUGCCCCAUGGGCUGCUGGGAAGACGGUGGAGACGGUCCACCCAGUGCGAGACAACUAUAAGUUCAAAGAGACGGUCCACAUCCCAGGGGCACGCUGCCUCUACCUGCGCUUUGACUCCCGCUGCUCCUCGCAGUACGACUACGACAAGUUGGUGAUGUAUGCCGGGCCCAACACUAACAGUCGUAAGGUGACUGAGUAUGGAGGCAACACUCUGGGCUAUGGCAGUCGCAGUGUCCUAGGGACAGGCUGGCCCAAAGACCUAGUCAAGGUGGAGGGGGACACAGUGACGUUCUCCUUUGAGAUGAGGAGUGGGCGCGAGCACAACACCCCAGACAAAGCCAUGUGGGGGUUCUCCUGCACUGUCCGAGCGCAGGAAUCAUCAGAGGAUGUCUCUGGGGGUCUCCCCUUCCUGGCAGACCUGGCGUUGGGUCUGUCUGUACUAGCCUGCUCCAUGCUCCGCAUCCUCUACAACGGACCUGAAGUAACCCGAGAGGAGGACGCCUGCCAUGACCUGCUCUGCUCCAAGCUGCUCCAAAGGUGCCAAUGGCAGGUGGAAGCUAAUGGUGCCAUCUCUCCAGCCCUAACCCCCAGCCCCUCUCCGCUACCCCUCACCAUCGAGGAGGACCGGGAGUUCACCUACCCCUCUGACGUGCUCAUCCCUCCUCCGGGCCUCAUGCCUGGGGCCUACUUUGACCUGCCCCGCAUCCGCCUGCCUCCAGGCAUCAUGAGCCGGCUACGAGAGGUGUCCGGCAGGGCGCGGCCACAGUUCCGUCCCAGCAUCAAGGAGGUGAUCAGGCCAGACGUUAUGGAGGAGGUCAUAGUGUCGUGUGUGAUAAAACACCUGACGCUGGUGGAUGCUCUCCAGUCGCUCGUCAACUUUCAGUACCGCGAGGAGCACGCUGAGGAGUACGACCUGCUCUGUAAGAUAAUGGCUGAGACUUUCAAGAAGAUCAACGCCAUGGAGCGCCAGCUGCAGAGUGUAGCAGAGCUGGAGCAGAAGUGGCAGAACGAGGUGGAGGAAGCUCAGCAGGGAAAGCUGGAGAACAAUGCUCCUUUCUUCCACGACUAUCACUUCUUUGAGAACAAAAUGAAGGAACUAGAAUUGCUGUGUUCACUAAAGGAGGUCCCACUGGACUGGAGUGAUUUGGAAAACGUUGUCCUCACACUGAGGGAGAAGUUCUUCCAGGAGGUGAACUCCGUCCACCUGAAGAGUGGUGUGCCGCUGGCCAAAACCAAAGCCCUGGUGAAGAGCCUGAUGAACCGCACAGAGCUGCUGCUCCAUGUCACCAUCGCUCCUCACUGCAGGAGCCUAACCACCACACCUGCUGGCACGCCAGCCUGUAAGUCUGUGUCAGACACUAAGACGGUGAUCCCCGGGGUGAAGCAGCCAGUCUUUCUGCGAAGCAUGUCUGCACCCUCCGACCUGGAGAUGAUCGCCAACCAGGACCUUGAGUUCCCACACAGCAGCCAAAGGAGGCGACACCACCCCACCAGUCACCGUAGCAGCUCUUUCACACUGCUCCAGUCUCUAGCCAUGGAGGACAGCCGGGACAAGCCAACGUACAGUGUGCUGCUGGGACAGCUCUUUGCUUUCAUAGGGACCUUGCCCGACCAGUCUGUGUCCAGCAGCAGUUUCCUGUCUGCGGCUCAGACACGGUGGAGGCGGGGCAGCACAAGGAAGCAGGCCCUCGUUCACAUGAGGGAGCUGCUCACUGCCGCAGUCAGGGUAGGUGGGGUCACUCACCUGGUGGGACCUGUUACCAUGGUGCUGCAGGGAGGGCCCAGGAUCGAGGAGCUGACCUGUGGGGGAAUGGUGGAGCAGGUGCAGGAGGCCUUUGGGGAGACUAUGACGUCUGUAGUGUCACUAUGUGCCCGCUUCCCCAUCGCUUGUUCUAACAGUAUUGGCAUGCUCUGCACCAUCCCCUAUACUAGGAGUGAGGAGCAGUGCCUGGUGCGCAGUGGUCUGGUCCAGCUCAUGGACCGCCUGUGCAGCCUGAGUGGCCAGAGGGACUGCAGCUCCAAUGAGAAGCAGACCAAGAAGCAGAAGGUGGCCACCAUGGCCUGGGCUGCCUUCCAGGUGCUUGCCAACCGCUGCAUCGAGUGGGAGAAGGUGGAAGGUGGUUCAACAGAUGCGGUGCACUCAGGUCUGGCCCGGCAGGUGUCCAGCCUGCUGACCAACCAUCUGGUCAGAGCCACCGAGUGCUGUGGGAACCAGGCAGCAGGGAACGAUGCUCUGCAGGACGUUCUCAGCCUGCUCAACGACCUGUCCAGGAGCCACAUAGGGAAGGCUAUCCUGAGCCAGCCAGCCUGUGUGUCCAAGCUCCUGUCCCUGCUGCUGGACCAGCGGCCGUCUCCCAAGCUGGUGCUGAUCAUCCUGCAGCUGUGCCGUGCUGCCCUGCCCCUGAUGAGUGUAGAGGACUGUGGCAACGUGGCGCUACCCUCCUGGAGCUACUCCAUCAACACCCUGGAUGCUGAGCAGCAGGACGCCACCGACCCCGCCUCACGCAUCGCCGCCCUGCUGCUGGCCAAGCUGGCUGACUACGUAGUACCAGGCUGCCAGACCCUGCUGUCCCCCAGCUCCUCAGAGCCAGACACCAGCCUGAGCCGCUCCAGCCCCAAGGGAACCCUGAAGUCAGAUAAGGACGCUGGGGAGGAGUGCGAGGCUGUGGAUGGCAAACUGUCCAUCUUUAUCCACAAGCGGGAGGACCAGUCCUCUCAUGAGGUGCUACAGCCACUGCUCAGCAGCUCAGAAGGCCGGCCGUUCCGCCUUGGUACUGGAGCCAACAUGGAGAAGGUGGUGAAAAUGGAUAGAGACAUGACCAAGAGUGGUAGCUGUGAGGUGAUCACAGAGGAGGCUGCUGCCGCCCUGAGGAAGGCCAAUAAGUGGGCCCAGUCUGGGCUGAUAGUGAGUGUGGGCCCGCCUGUGGAGGCUCUGGUCCCGGAGGCUGCUGGAGGAGUCACCACGGGGGACAAGAAGAAGAGCGCUCAGACCGCUGUGUGUCGGGACAGGAACUCUGAACUGGCCAGGUCCGACCCAAUCAGGCCCUUCAUCAGUGGACAUGUGGCCAACAGUAUGGCUGCUGAGGUCAUCGCCCUGCUGCACAGCCUGCUCACAGCUCCCGAGUCCAACACCGCCCAGAUCUGGACCAGCACUGCAGAGAAGGUGCUGUCCAGAGCACUGAUGUUCAUCCCACAGCUGGGGAAGUAUGCUGAGAGCAUCCUGGAGAACGGUAGCAGCAGCGGCAGGAAGCUGGCUAAACUCCAGGCCAUCGGCAGGCAGGCUGUGGCGGCACUCUGCGCCCUCGGAGGCUUCAAGGAGACCAUCAAGAUUGGCUCAGAGGUCCAGGUGGUGGGUAAAGGAGUGCUGGGCAGCGUGGGUGUGGUCAUGUCCAUCAACGAGCAGGAGGGCAUUGCCACGGUGAAGUUCCCUUCCUGCGAGUACAGGAAGGCCUGCAAGGCCUCAGACAUCCUGACGGUGCCCAUCUCCCGCCUCUGCACUCCCCGCUCUGAGGCGAUGCCCCUCUACAAGCUGUCCAUCACAGAGAAGGUGGUGCAGGCGGUACAGUCCAUGCUUCUGCCACAGGAGGGCAGUCUGUCCAUCCACUCCUCCCUCCCCGCCUCAGGAGAUGGCUCCAGUCCUGUUAUGGCUGCCGUCCGCCUGUUGGCUGAAAUCAGGACCAGGGCAUGUCUGGUGAUGGCCCAGCUCCUGGAGGACAGCUCGUUCUGUGAGGAGUUCAUUCAGCAGUGUCCUGCUGCUGUGGAGGUGCUCAACCUAGUGGCCCAGGAGUGCAGUCCUGGGGAGCGUCUCGGCAUGGUUGAAGCACAGUGUGAGCGAGUGAGGAUGCUGUACCGAGACUGCGCUCGCCCGCCACCCCCUCCCCUCCAGACAGACAGGCGCCAGCCCAAGGAGAUGACGUGGUGUCCAUCUAGGGGGUUCCCUCCAGUGCGUGCCUGCGUAUUCUCAUCCCGUCUCACCUCCGUCACCUUCCUGGCCGACCCCAGUGCUGGAGGAGGCCUGCCCAGGGGAACCUUCAUCUAUGCCACCUCACCUGUUCCUGUUCAGGCGCCUUCCUUUUACUGGGAGAUAGAGAUAGCCUCCUAUGGAGACUCAGAAGAUGACAGUGGUCCUAUUGCGUCUUUCGGCUUUGCCACAGAAGCAGAGAAGAGAGACGGAGCGUGGACCAACCCUGUUGGCACCUGCCUCUUUCACAAUAAUGGUAGGGCUGUGCACUAUAAUGGCUCCAGUCUUCUGCAGUGGAAGAGUGUGAGGCUGGACGUGGCCCUACUUCCUGGGGAUGUUGCGGGCAUUGGCUGGGAGCGCUCAGAAGGCACCCCUCCACCCCCCGGCCAGGCCCCUAAAGGGCGGGUCUACUUCACCUACUGUGGCCAGCGCCUGAGCCCCUUCCUGGAGGAUGUAGCAGGGGGAAUGUGGCCUCUGGUGCACAUUCAGAAGAAGAACACAAAGAUUCGUGCCAACUUUGGUUGCCGGGCGUUUGCGUACGCAGAGGGACAAGCACACCGCAAUGCUGCUGACCUCUGUGUUGACUUGGCAGAAGAAAUCAGUGCUAACUUUGAGGCCCUCCCCUUCGCCAUGGCAUCUGACAGUGACAAUGAUGCGGGUGCUAGUGUGGCAUCUGACUCUGGCUCCCAUGGACCCCCCUGUCGGAUCGCCGCAGUAGCAGUUGCCCAGCAACAGUACAACAGUGACUCAUCAUGCCACUACAAGGUGGAGCUGAGUUACGAGAACCUGGUCACCUCAGGGCCUGACGCACACCCCCCGCCUAUUGCUGAUGACGAGAGUGAUGACGAAGAUGAUGACGAUGUCCCAAGGGAGGACCACUAUGUCCUGCUGGUGAAGGCCUGGGAGACAAAGGUGUUCCCCACCAUCCGCCGACGCUUUCGCAACGAGGCAGAGAGGAAGUCUGGUCUGGAUCAGAUCAAGGGAGCACUGCAGCUGGGCAUGGUUGACAUAGCCCGGCAGACAGUGGAGUUCCUAUAUGAAGAGAACGGGGGCAUCCCCCGGGACCUCUACCUCCCCACCAUCGAGGACAUCAAGGAGGAGGCCAACAAGUUCACCAUCGACAAAGUCCGCAAAGGUUUGACCGUGGUCAUCCGCUCUCCAGACAGCAACAACACCAACAGCACCACAGGUGGAACAGCCCUGCCCAAGUUUGCGAUCCGAGGCAUGUUGAAAACCUUCGGCCUGCACGGAGUGGUUCUGGACGUGGACUCUGUGAAUGAGCUGGUGCAGGUAGAGACAUACCUGCGCAGUGAGGGGGUGCUGGUGAGGUACUGGUACCCCAUUGAGAUGCUGGAGCGCCCCCCUGCUGGAUCCCGCCGUACUGCUGCCAAUGGCCUUGUCAAUCUAGACAGCAGUAACAUCCAGAUCCACAGGGAGCUUCUGCGCUGUGAGAGUGCCCUGGCUAGGCUCUACUGCCGCAUGGCUCUACUUAACAUCUUUGCCCCCAAAAGCCCCCACACCUUCACCCGCCUCUUCCAUAUCCCAGCCGUUCGAGACAUCACCCUGGAACACCUGCAGCUGCUGUCCAAUCAACUUCUGGCUCCGCCUCUGCCUGAUGGCACCAUCAGCUCCAGCUCCAUCCUGCUGGCCCAGUCUUUACUCCACAACCUGCAGGGCCAGAGCUGCUCUCCCACAGACCUGUUCUACCAGGGCAACGCACAGCCCAUCAGGGAGUGGCUCACCGUGGCCAUCACCCGCGCCCUGCACCAGGGGGAGGAGAGCCUGCUGGAGCUCACCAAGCAGAUCUGCUGCUUCCUACAGAAUGCACCAGAGCAGUUCAUCUCAGAGGACUUCCCAGUAUCAGAAUCAAAGGUCAGCAUGGAUGUCAACUUCCCGGGUGCUGCAUUCGUGAUCAUCUCCUGCAAAGAGAGCCAACUAGGCUGCCGUAAAGACUCCUCCCUGUACAAAGCCCCAUGGGCGCGGGUCAUGGUUUAUGGCCUGGGUCACAAGGUGCGCAGGAACGGCCAGCUCAAUCUAAUGGAGGCGGUGUGCUACCCUCUGGAUGCCUCGCCCUCCAACACAGGCCUCACCCCCCCUCCCACCACCAACCAAUACCCCACUGUCAUCAUCCCCACCGACAAAGUGCACAUCAAACUGGGGGUGUCGCCCCCUCCUGGUGCGGUGCUGGUGCUGCACUCCCUGCCGCUGGAGUUCCCCCUGGCCAUGGCGUUUGCUGAGCAGCUACUGACGUGGAAGCUAGGGGAGAGCAGUGAGUGCUCUGAGGAGGAGUUGGACACUGUGCCCUCCUCUGUGCUGCUGCAGGUAGUGGAGCUGUUGGGUGGGCUGCUAUGGACCACAGAUCUGGCACCCUGCAUCAAGGAACUCUCCUUCCACCUGCUGGCUGAGCUCUUCCGUAAGAUUCACCACCUGGAGCAGCGUAAGAGCCCUGCAGGCCUGUCCAGCUCCAUCGCCCUGCUGCUCAACCCCUGCCUGGCCGUGCUUAUGGCCCUGCAGACGGAGCUCCGCAAGCUGUACGACCGGGAGACCCAGGGCUGGGUGGCUGCAGGGGCCGGAGCAGGGUGCUCCUCUGGCGGGGGUGUCCUGGCCUUGGGGGCCGAGCAGAGCAGGUUCUCCACCUACUUCCACGCCCUGAUGGAGGUGUGCCUGGCUGUAGCUGAGGUCACCCUCCCCCUCAACGUUGGGUGCUCAGGAGUGGGAGCGCUGUCCUCCACCAGUGCCCCUAACCUCAGCGACUCCUCCUCAUCCUCCUCCUCCUCCCCAGGCCAGACCCCCCAGAGCCCCAGCCUGCUCUCCAAGCGUAAGAAGGUGAAGAUGAAGCGAGAGCGUGCAGCAGCAGUGGCGGUGGCCUCAGGGAAGAGGGGUUCUGCUGGAGGGGCUCGCCUGUCAGAGAGCGAUAGCGCCCUGCUCAACAUGGCCGGUAGUAAACCUGAGGACAUGCUGUGGUUCCACCGUGGCCUCACCCUGCUCAUGAUCCUGCGUCACCUGGCCAACAAGGACCCCCAGGGGCUGAGUGUGACAAAUGAUGCUGUGACUGACGCCUGCCAGGCCCUGGUGGGACCUACCUCUCACAGCCGUCUGCUGGUUCUCUCUGGCAUCCCCACCCACCUGGAGGAGGCUGUGGUGCGCAGCGCCAUCCGCAGGGCCUGCAACGCCCACGGGGGGCUCUUCAAGGAUGAAAUCUUCAUCCCCCUGCAGGAGGAAGACCCCAAAAAGUUCAAGGCAGGAGCUGGGGUGUCCACCCCUCUGGAUGGCAAAGCAGCCCCUGGGCCUGAGCGUCCCUUCCCGAGCAACGAGAGCCCAGACAGCUCCAGCAGCGUGACUCCAGCCAUGAGUGUCUCAGCCUCGGCCUCCACGAGCCAGACCUCCAUCUGCAGCUCCUCGCAGGGGGGCGUUUCCCGCACCGCCAGUGAACUCUCUGUGGACCAGGAGCUGCUGGCUGCCCCACCUCUCACCCCAGCGGCUGCAGCCUCGGCCGUCCCCUCCCCACAGCAAGGCCCACUUGAUCCCCACACGGUGUCCAGCCAGGAGAGCCUAGAUAUCUCCCUGUGCAGCACGGGGAGCCUGGGCAGUUUGGGCAGCCUGGGGGAGCCUUUGGACAGCGCAGAAACAGCCUCUGUUUCAGACGGGGGCUCCAUGUACACAGUCACCUCUCUGGACAACAACGCCAUCUUGGCCAGGCCCAUUAAGGGCUAUGCCGUCAUAGAGGUUCGUGCCCGGGCCAAAGUGGAGAAAAUCCGUGCUAGCCUCUUCAACAGCAGUGAUUUAAUUGGCUUAUCCAGCCUGGAGGGUGAGGAGGAGCUGAUGGAGCUGACUAAUGAGGAGAUCCUCACAGCCUCCAGUGUCAACCAAAGCCUGUUUGACACACAGGGUAGCUCCGCCCUCGAGGACUACUUCCUGGACAAGUCUCUCAGAGGGGACAAGUUGGUGCCAAGUGCGCGAGACGUGCUGACGGACAUCUAUAAGAGUUGUGUCCACUCAGAGCAGAUGCUGAGCCUCACGCCAGCCAAGCCUGUCAAAGUGUCAGACAUCUACCUGAGCAAGGAGCAGAUCAACUCCCAGACCCCUGGAAACCUCCUCCAUGUCUUCUUCACUCACAUACGGCCACCUAAGAAGGUGCUGGAGGACCAACUGACGCAGAUUCUGCGUAAAUAUGGCACCCCCAAGCCCAACAAGAACAAAUACAGCAAGGUGGGUAAGGAACAGCACGCAGUCAAGGUGGUGAGCACCAAGAGACCCAUCACCAAACCACCCAGCAAGGAGAAGUCUGUGCUCAACAGCGUCAGGACUGCACUGAGUGAGAAGAGUGUACCGAAGCCCAAGACCCCUGAGAAAUCAAGGCCUGAUGAGAAGGACAUAGAGAAAUCUCCUGCCAAGAAGCCUGAAGUCCCAGAGGAGAAGUACCUGACUCUGGAGGGAUUUCAUAAGUUUGCUGUGGACCGGGCCAAGCAGGACAUCCGUAGCGUGUGGAGGGCCAUUCUGGCCUGCGGUUACGACCUCCACUUUGAAAGGUGUACCUGUAUAGACACGCGUCACGCCCAGAAGGCUUGUAGGAGGUGGAGUCUGGAGAUGGACGUAGCUUUGGUUCAGUACAUCAACAGGCUGUGUGGUCACCUGGCCAUCACACCUGCCAGGUUGCACCCCCACGAGGCCUACCUGGACCCCAGUGACAUCGCUGAUCCACGUGUGGUCUGUCUCCUCAAUGUGCCUGUGGAGAGCUUGCGUCUACGCUUUGCUCUACUGCAGUCUCUCAACAACACCCUGGAGAGUUUCUUCCUGCCGCUGGUGGAGCUGAGACAAACACACACCUACCAGAACAGCAUCGCAGCAUUGCUCUGUGGGGCCAAAGGACUGGUGUUCUAUGAUACCAAAGUGAUAGUGAUGAACCAGGUGCUGAACGCCACAGUACAGCGGACUGCAGACCACGCUGCCCCCGAGAUCACACUGGACCCUCUGGAGAUUGUAGGAGGAGAGAUCCCUUCGUCAGAGAACACCUACUUCUGCCAGGCAGCACGCCAGCUGGCCUGUGUGCCCUCGUCCCAGCUGUGUGUGAAGCUGGCCAGCGGAGGAGACCCCACAUAUGCCUUCAACAUCCGCUUCACUGGAGAGGAGGUCCACGGCACCAGCGGUUCCUUCCGUCAUUUCCUGUGGCAAGUGUGUAAGGAACUCCAGAGCUCUGCCCUCUCCCUGCUGCUCCCCUGCCCCAGUGUAGCAGCCAACCGCAACAAGGGGAAGUAUAUUCUGACGCCCUGUCCGAUCAGCUAUGCGGAGGAGCAGCUGCUGCACUUCUUUGGCCAGCUGUUGGGCAUCGCCAUCCGGGCAGACGUGCCCCUGCCCCUGGACCUGCUGGGCUCCUUCUGGAAGGGCCUGGUUGGUGAGCCCCUGGACCCAGAGCAGGACCUGCAGGAGGCCGAUCUGCUCACAUACAACUACGUCAAGAAGAUUGAGAGUGUGAGUGAGGAGGAGGAUCUGGAGGCCCUGUGUGUAGAGAUCUCGUCCCAGCACCACUCAGGAGAAAGCCCCGACUCCCCCAGCCGGCCCUGCUGCACCUUCACCUACAUCACCAUGACCGGAGAGGAGGUGGAGCUGUGCCAAGGGGGAGACAACCUCAGUGUCAGCUGGGAGAAUAAGGAUGUGUAUGCGCGGGCAUUGCGGGGCCUGCGUCUGCAGGAGCUUCAGAAUGUGGAGUGUAUGACAGCGGUGCGAGCGGGCCUGGGCUCCAUCAUCCCCCUGCAGCUCCUCACCAUGCUCAGCCCCCUGGAGGUGGAGCUACGAACCUGUGGCCUGCCCUACAUCAACCUGGAGUUCCUCAAGGCCCACACCAUGUACCAGGUAGGUCUGAUGGAGACAGACCAGCACAUUGAGUUCUUCUGGACGGCCCUGGAGAUGUUCACCCAGGAGGAGCUCUGCAAGUUCAUCAAGUUUGCCUGCAACCAGGAGCGCAUCCCCUUUACCUGCCCCUGUAAGGAUGGGGGCCCGGACACCGCCCACGUACCCCCCUACCCCAUGAAGAUUGCCCCUUCGGACGGGGCAGCAGGUUCGCCAGACUCUCGCUACAUCCGGGUGGAGACCUGUAUGUUUAUGGUGAAGCUGCCCCAGUACAGCUCCCUGGAUGUGAUGCUGGAGAAGCUGCGCUAUGCCGUCCACUACCGUGAAGACCCUCUCAGCGGCUAAAGGGACCUGAUGGAGUACACCACCUCCUCCAUAUGAUGCCGCUUCAACACCAACCCUACUAUUUCUUACCCAUACGGCCCCACCCGUUCACCGCUCCAUCCCCCGCCCACCUUUACCUCCGCCCUCUCCUGAAGAGCUGGGACUACCCACAGAACAGAAGGCCAACCUGCUUUACCAAGAACACACUGAAGCUUUUCCUUUCUUGGCUUGUUUUAUGUUUGGCUUUGUACCAGCGCUUCAUUUCAAUAACAUUGUAAUCAGGUUGAGCCUUUCAGGAGUGUGUUUUGACUCAUGUUUUCAGACCUGAUGUAGGGGAGUUCAGCCCCACUUGCCUUGACACUGAUGUUCAUGUCUCUUCUGGUUGCACUGAGUUUUGGAGUGACAUUGAGGUAACUCUUUGAUCACUACACUGAGUGGGAGGGAGCUGUGACAGGGCACAUACCAUUUUUCUUUAUUGGGGAAGUUAAUCUCUUCCACCUUAUUUCUCCUCACUUUUCUUUAUUCUUCCUCUCCUCCCUCUCUUUCAGAGGUCCUUACAGUUCCCCUCCCACUCACUACCAGAGGGGACUAUCUUUCUAAGGCAUGCCUUUACCACAAGCAGCACCUCCUCAAAAAGGGGAGAGGGAGGCUCAGUGUGAAAAGGGAACCCCAAAUAUUCCUCUGGAAGCAAGAGUUGAGUAUUGUUUGAUGUUUGAGAUAGAGUUCAUUUUAGAUAUUAAGUGGACUACUAUGAUGCUGCCUAUUUAUUACCAGUUCAGCUCUCUGCAUUCAAAACGUUGACAAGCGCUGUAUAGGACAUUAUAUAGUUACUGCCUGUAAAGUUGGACUGCUAAAGGACAAAACUAGCUAUCUGCCUAUAUUAUACGGUGAAUAUAUUUUAUUCAAGUCUAUUAAGAGGGUAUAUAAGUCAUGUAAAAAGUCAUUUUAAUCUAUUAAGUUGCAGUUUUGAGUUUAAGGUAUCCUAGUAGCUGUGGCAGAAGGGUAAGGUCACGCACACUGAAGCUGGACUACCAGACUAAAGCUCUACCUGGUUGCCAGAUUUGGCCUUCUGUGUUGCCAGUUCUCCUAUACUUGCAUUUCAGGUUGCAAAACCUGUGUUGCUUUGUGAAAUGAGAGAGAGAUGUUCUCCUGAGCUGCUUGUGUGCUACUGCUACUGAAUGUGUGCCGAAUCCCCCUGCCCAACACACAAUACACACACCAGGGGGUUGAAUUCACUUUCAUUUUGCCUUUUUAUAGAUUUCCUGUGAUGAAUGAGCAGGAUUUCUGUUGGGUUUUUUGUUUUAUUUUACCCAUAACCAAAAUGUUUAGCUGUGUAAAGAAAAAAUGUAAAUAUACUUCUACGUUAUAUUUGAUGGCAGUUUUUUUGAAUUGCUGCAUCACUUCACCAAUGAUUUUUUGUUUUGUUUGUUUUGUUCUGCACUAUUCUUCCAGGGAAAAAAUAUUAUUUAAAAAUGAGCUAACUAGGAUAUUCUUUAUUGGAUAUCCAGUUUGUUGGGUUUUUAUUUUUUACAGAUUUUGAAAUUACCAGUAAUGUAUCACCUUUAAUGUCUUGUAGGGCCGGAUUACCGAACGGGCACGCAGGGCAACCCCCCCCCCCCCCAAAAAAAUAAAUAGCAUAUGAUAGCAAAAUGUGUAGAAUUGCAGGAAAUUUGCUUUAAAACGUGAAAAUCUUAUCUUAGCCCCUUGGCAAAAAGUGUAGAAUUGCAGGAAAUUUGCUUUAACACUGCAAAAAAACAUCUUAGCCUCAUGACAAAAUGUGUAGAAUAUCAUUAUAAAACUGCACAUUUUUCUCUGCACCAUGGCUUAAUGUGUUGAAAUGCAUUAUGUUUUUGGGGACGUCGGUUCCCCCGGGGCCCCAAAUGCAGUAGUCCGGCCCUGAUGUCUUGUAACUCAGAUGGAUUCUAUCACUCGUUCUCUUCUACUCCAUGGUGAAACAUGUUUUCUUGUGUGAGUAAAACAGCCAUUUGACUUGGAUGGGACCUGAAGAACACGACAGUUACCGCAAAAUAUUUGAGAUGGAUGUUUGGAUUGCUUGCCAAUUUAGUUUUGGUUUUGUUCUUUUAAAGGGUAAAUUGCUGCUAACAAGGACGCUCCUUCUAUUCCUACCUCUUUUGGAGGAGUAGAACAGACCAUUACAAAGGACAUUCAUACAAAGAGGUGUUGAGAUAAGAAAAUGUGUUCUGUACAUUUACUUGAUAUUUAUUACAAUUAUUUAUGGUUGCAUUAAAUUAACUUUUACUGUCUUACCUCUGCACAUCAAACAUAACACAGAUCUUUAAAAUGGACUAUACAGAGGUAGAGGAUAAUAUGGAGUUUGAGAUUUCUGUGUCACAAUAAAACAUGUCUUGAUGUAA